CCCUCAGAUCAGUCGCUCAGUCCUCUGCAGGUCAGGACUUGGGACGUCUCUGAGCUCCAAGGAUGGAUAACAGGUUCAAGAUGGCGGAGAGGAUAAUACACCUCACCAUAGAGAUACUCUUCCAGCUUACCGGAGAGGAUUACACAGUGGUGAAGAAGACCUCUAGGGGGCGCCAUCAGGCCCCUGUGUGUGAAGGAUGGGGAAGAACCCUGAGGCCAAUCCCGGGGCCUCCACCUCACUCCCUGAUACAUGAGGAGAUGAAUGAGCAGAAGAUCCUAGAACUCACCAACAAGAUGGUGGAGCUGCUGACUGGAGAGGUUCCUAUAAGGUGUCAGGACGUGGCCGUCUAUUUCUCCAUGGAGGAGUGGGAGUAUUUAGAAGGACACAAGGAUCAGUACAUAGCGGACAUAGUCAUGAUGGAGGAUCAGCAGCCCCUCACAUCAGCAGAUGACUUUAACAGGAGCUCAGAGGGACACCUGAUCUCUUCAGACUUUAAUGCAUAUGAUGGUGGAAUCAAGCAGGAUACAUGUGAAGAGUACGCCAUUAUCCCCGUUUCCCCCUCCGCCCUUCACAAUGAAGAUCUGUCAUCUGAUGCUAUUAUACAGGUUGUAAUUUCCGAUUCAUCUGAGACUGUUGAGCAUCAAAGUGCCCACACAGGGGAGGAGACAUUUUCCUGUUCAGAAUCUGGAAAAAGUCUCACCCAGAAAUCAGCUCUUGUUACACAUCAGAAAAGUCACUCAGAAACAAAGUCUUUUUCAUGUAUGGAAUGUGGGAAAUGUUUUAACCGAAAAUGGGACCUUGCUAGACAUCAGAAAAUUCACACAGGAGAGACGUCCUUUUCAUGUUCAGAAUGUGGCAGAUGUCUCAUGCUGAAAUCAGCGCUUCUUACACAUCAGAGAAGUCACACAGGAGAGAAGCAAUUUUCAUGUUCAGAAUGUGGGAAAUGUUUUAGCAAAAUAUCAGGCCUUGCCAGACAUCAGAGAAUUCACACAGGGACAAAGCCGUAUUCAUGUUCAGAUUGUGGGAAAAGUUUUAGCCAGAAAUCAAAUCUUGAUAGACAUCUGAGGAGUCACACGGGGGAAAGGCCGUUUUCGUGUUCAGAAUGUGGGAAAGGUUUUAGAUUUAAAUCAAAUCUUGAUAAGCAUCAGAAAAGUCACACGGGGGAGAAGCCGUAUUCAUGUUCAGAAUGUGGGAAAUGCUAUAGAGCUAAAUCAAAUCUUGUUACACAUCGGAGAACUCACACGGGGGAGAAGCCGUAUUCAUGUUCACAAUGUGGGAAAUGUUUCAUACACAUAUCAUAUCUGCGUAAUCAUCUAAAAACUCACACAGGGACAUAUAUUGUCAGGAUGCAAAAUUGUAUUUUAUUUCUAUCAUCAUCGUCUCCUCUCCUCCGGUCCCUACAAUCCAGGAUCCUCUCAGCUGAUUCUUCUAUAGAAGAGAAUAUUCCUGAUCGACCAUCAAUGAUGAAGAAGGACAGAGACAAGAUGGCGGAGAGGAUAAUACACCUCACCAUAGAGAUACUCUUCCAGCUUACCGGAGAGGAUUACACAGUGGUGAAGAAGACCUCUAGGGGGCACCAUCAGGCCCCUGUGUGUGAAGGAUGGGGAAGAACCCUGAGGCCAAUCCCGGGGCCUCCACCUCACUCCCUGAUACAUGAGGAGAUGAAUGAGCAGAAGAUCCUAGAACUCACCAACAAGAUGGUGGAGCUGCUGACUGGAGAGGUUCCUAUAAGGUGUCAGGACGUGGCCGUCUAUUUCUCCAUGGAGGAGUGGGAGUAUUUAGAAGGACACAAGGAUCAGUACAUAGCGGACAUAGUCAUGAUGGAGGAUCAGCAGCCCCUCACAUCAGCAGAUGACCGCACCAGGAGAUCGGAGGGUCACAUGAUAUCUCCAGAUUUGAGGGCAUAUGAUGGCGGUAUCACACAAGAUACAUAUCAAGACCAUGUGAUCAUCCCAGGUACAACCUCAGCCAUUCACAGCCAAGAUCUGUCAUCUAUACAGGCUCUAUAUUAUGAUUCAUCUCGGACUGUGACACAAGGUAUUAAUCACAGAGGAGAUGCUGAACAUGAAAGAUCUCACAAAGGGGAGAAGCCAUUUUUAUGUUCAGAAUGUGGCAAAUGUUUUUCAAGAAAAAAAACUCUUGUUACACAUCAAAAAAUCCACACAGGGGAGAAGCCAUUUUCGUGUUCUUUAUGUGGGAAAAGUUUUAUCCAGAAAUCAGAUCUUUCCAGACAUCAGAAAAUUCACACAGGGGCAAAGCCAUUUUCAUGUUCAGAAUGUGGGAAACUUUUUGUACAGAAAUCAGCUCUUCUUAUACAUCAGAGAAAUCACACGGGAACAAAGCCUUUUAAGUGUAAGGAAUGUGGUAAAUGUUUUACCCAGAAAUCGGAUCUUGUCAGGCAUCAGAGAAUUCACACGGAGGUGAAGCCAUUUUCAUGUUCUGAAUGCGGAAAAUGUCUGAUCCAGAAAUCAGCUCUUGCCGCGCAUCAGAGGAGUCACACAGGGACAAAGCCAUUUUCGUGUUCAGAAUGUGGGAAAUGUUUUAACCAGAUAUCCGAUCUUGCCAGACAUCAAAGAAUUCACACAGGGACAAAGCCGUUUUUAUGCUCUGAAUGUGGGAAAUGUUUUAACCAGAAAUCAAAUCUUGACAGACAUCAGAGGAGUCACACAGGGGAGAAGCCGUUUUCAUGUUCAGAAUGUGGGAAAUGUUAUAGAGUCAAAUCGAAUCUUGUUAUACAUCAGAGAAGUCACACGGGGGAGAAGCCGUAUUCAUGUUCAGAAUGUGAAAAAGGUUUAAAUCCCAAAUCAUAUCUUCUUAAUCAUCAAACAACUUACUCAGGAAAUGUCAACAGUAACAAAAAUAAUGGAAGAGACACAACAGUGACUAUAAAUGUCCUAAGAAUAGACACAUCAAUGGGGAACAUCAAGAGAAAGAAGAAAAAAGGAUACAACAAAGAUCCAUCAAAUGUCUGCACCGAUCUUCAUGGUUCAUGUUCCUUCUUUAGUAGACAACUUAGACGACACCUAACGUUACUCUUUGGUCUAUCACCAUUUUCUAUUGAUCAUGGCGCCCACCACACAUUAACAUCUGUGGUCCUUCAGCACAGGCUCCUGUAUACAGGUCAGGUAUGUGGAGAUUCCUCAGUUCUCGGUGUCGCCCUCCUGUGGAUGUUUUCUCCCUCACAGGCUUCUGUAGCUGCCGUCUGUUGCCAUGGUUACUGUGUUCAUCACCUCGUGUCCCUACAAUCCAGGAUCCUCUCAGCUGAUUCUUCUAUAGAAGAGAAUAUUCCUGAUCGACCAUCAAUGAUGGAGAAGGACAGAGACAAGAUGGCGGAGAGGAUAAUACACCUCACCAUAGAGAUACUCUUCCAGCUUACCGGAGAGGAUUACACGGUGGUGAAGAAGACCUCUAGGGGGCGCCAUCAGGCCCCUGUGUGUGAAGGAUGGGGAAGAACCCUGAGGCCAAUCCCGGGGCCUCCACCUCACUCCCUGAUACAUGAGGAGAUGAAUGAGCAGAAGAUCCUAGAACUCACCAACAAGAUGGUGGAGCUGCUGACUGGAGAGGUUCCUAUAAGGUGUCAGGACGUGGCCGUCUAUUUCUCCAUGGAGGAGUGGGAGUAUUUAGAAGGACACAAGGAUCAGUACAUAGCGGACAUAGUCAUGAUGGAGGAUCAGCAGCCCCUCACAUCAGCAGAGAGAUGUCCCCGUCCUCUUCCUCCAGAGGAUUCUUCAGAAGGAGAUGACAAUGUCCUCCAGGAUUAUCAGCUUAUGGAUCAGAGUAAAGAUGUGAAGAACAUUAAUGCUCCAGACAUAAUGGUGAAAGAGGAGACAGAUGUGAGGGGUGAUGAUCCGUGUACAGAGGACGUCCCUACAGCGCCCCCGCCAGCAGAUGACCAUAUAAGGAGCUCAGAUGGACUUCUAUCUUCUGAUUGUAAAGCACAUGAUCCCGGCAUCACACGCCAUGAGGUACACGGGGUAUAUGUCAUGACCUCAGGUGACACCUUACCCUUUUAUAACAAAGACCUAUCUUCAGAUGCUAGUAAACAAGCGCCAUCUAUUGGUUCAUCACAGACUGUUGUUGAACAACAAGGAUCUCUCAAAGGGGAGAAGACAUUUUCAUGUUCAGAAUGUGGGAAACGUUUUAACCGGAAAUUUAAUCUCAUUACACAUCAGAGAACUCACACAGGGGAGAAGCCAUAUUCAUGUUCAGAAUGCGGGAAAUAUUUUGGCCAGAAAUCAGAUCUUGUUACACAUGAGAGAAUUCACACAGGCGUGAAGCCAUUUUCAUGUUCAGAAUGUGGACAAAAUUUUAUCCGAAAAUCUAUUCUUUCUAAACACCGGAGAAGUCACACAGGGGAAAAGCCAUUUUCGUGUUCAGAAUGUGGCAAAAGUUUUAACCGCAAAUCAAAUCUCGUUACACAUCAGAGAACUCACACAGGGGAGAAGCCAUAUUCAUGUUCAGAAUGUGGGAAAUGUUUUGGACAGAAAUCAGAUCUUGUUAGACAUCAAAGAAUUCACACAGGAGAGAAGCCAAUUUCAUGUUCAGAAUGUGGGAAAUGUUUUAACCAGAUAUCAAAUCUUUUAACACAUCAAACAGUUCAUACGGGGAAAAAGACUUUUUCAUGUUCAGAAUGUGGGAAAUGUUUUAGCCGGAAAUUUAAUCUUGUUACACAUCAGAGAAUUCACACAGGGGAGAAGCCGUUUUCAUGUUCAGAGUGUGGGAAAUGUUUUAACCAGAAAUCAGAUCUUGGUAUACAUCAAAAAAUUCAUACAGAGGGGAAGCCAUUUUCCUGUUCUGAAUGUGGGAAAUGUUUUACUCUCAAAAACACUCUUGUUGCACAUAGGAAAAUUCAUGCAGGGGAGAAGCCAUGUUUAUGUUCAAUUUGUAAAGGACUAAAUAUGAUGUCAUCAUGUUACACCGUCAUGUCAUCCAACAGGGAAGGGACAUAAUAAAGAAGUGGGAAAUGAUCUAAUCAGUGUGGUGUUG